AGGCCCACUGCUGCAGGAACUGGGAGAGAGUGCCGGAUCCGGCACUCGCCCGCGGUCCGGCCUGACGGGUCUGCCAGGACCCGGGCCGUCGCCUCCCGGGGGACCAGAUGGCUUCCGAGGGUCUUGCAGGCGUGCUGGCGGCCGUGCUGGCGGGCCAGGGGCUGCGCGUGCAGAGCUGCGACUCGGCGCCGGCCGGGGAGCCACCGGCACCAGUGCGGCUGCGGAAGAACGUGUGCUACGUGGUGCUGGCCGUGUUCCUCAGCGAGCAGGAUGAGGUGCUACUGGUCCAGGAGGCCAAGAGAGAGUGCCGGGGGUCGUGGUACCUGCCCGCGGGGAGAAUGGAGCCGGGGGAGUCCAUCGUGGAGGCGCUGCAGCGGGAGGUGAAGGAGGAGGCGGGGCUGCACUGUGAGCCCGAGACACUGCUGUCCGUGGAGGAGCGGGGCCCCUCCUGGGUCCGCUUCGUAUUCCUCGCUCGCCCCACAGGUGGAAUUCUCAAGACUUCCAAGGAGGCCGAUGCAGAGUCCCUGCAGGCUGCCUGGUACCCACGGACCUCCCUGCCCACUCCGCUGCGAGCCCAUGACAUCCUGCACCUGGUUGAGCUAGCUGCCCAGUAUCGCCAGCAAGCCAGGCACCCUCUUAUUCUGCCCCAAGAGCUGCCCUGUGAUCUGGUCUGCCAGCGGCUCGUGACCACCUUUACCAGUGUGCAGACAGUGUGGGUGUUGGUUGGCACAGUGGGGAUGCCUCACUUGCCUGUCACUGCCUGUGGCCUCGCCCCUACGGAACAGAGGGGUGGCAUGAAGAUGGCUGUCCUGCGGCUGCUGCAGGAGUGUCUGACCCUGCACCACUUAGUGGUUGAGAUCAAGGGGCUGCUUGGACUGCAGCACCUGGGCCGAGAUCACACUGAUGGUAUCUGUCUGAACAUGCUGGUGACCGUGGCUUUUCGGAGCCCAGGGAUCCAGGAUGAACCCCCAAAGGUUCGGGGUGACAGCUUUACUUGGUGGAAGGUGACGGAGGAAGGACUGCAAAGCCAACUCCUCCAGCGGCUUCACGGAUCCUCCGUCGUCCCAGUGAACAGAUAGGGAGGGGGAGGAGGUGACGAGGAGGUGGGCGGCUGUGCUCCCUCCAGUGUGGCUUUGUCUCCCUCUGAGGGAGGCAGGAGGCUGGCGACCAGGGAUCUUGUUGCAUUGGGAGCAGGGGUGGCUUUCCUGGUCCCCAGGAUAGAUACUUUAAGGAGUUUUCCUCUAGAUUACACAGGGACAGUGCCUUUAACCAAGCAAGGAGUCCAAAGCUCAGGACCCGGCUACUCUGCCGACACACUGGCACUUCUCCCCAGGGACAUGGGGAGCUUUCUGCACUCCCAAUGGCGUCUUGUCAUCACAUUCUGUGUCUUCCUUGGGAGAGGCCUGCAUCCCGACUCUUCCAGGCACUCACAGCUGGGAGGAGCCCCUUGCUGAGUAAAGAGGUGUUGCUUACCUUG